AUGGGUGGUCAUCACUCACGAAGUGUGCCUACGCCGGGGGAGGAAGUAAACUUCAAUCACUUCCAAGUGCUUCGUGCAAUAGGGAAAGGAAGUUUCGGGAAGGUGUGUAUUGUAGAAAAGGGCGAACGUAGCGGAAAAAUGUAUGCCAUGAAAUAUGUACAUAAAUCAGAAUGCGCUAUGAGAGGUGCUUUAAAAAAUGUAACAAGAGAGGUCGAGAUAAUGUCGAAAUUGGAGCAUCCAUUUUUAGUCAACUUGUGGUUUAGUUUUCAAGAUGAAGAGGAUUUGUUUAUGGUAACAGAUCUUCUUCUUGGAGGAGACUUGAGGUAUCAUAUUCAGCAGCAGGUUCACUUUUCCGAAGAAAGUGUAAUUUUGUUCAUUGCGGAGAUAGCAUUGGCAUUGGACUACUUAAAGAGUAGACGAAUCAUCCACAGGGAUAUUAAACCUGAUAAUAUCCUGUUGGAUGAGGAAGCUCCAGAAAUUUACAUGUGCUCAUGCGAGGUCCACGGUGGCUUUCAAUCCGGAUACGGUUACACGGUUGACUGGUGGAGCCUUGGUAUUCUAGCGUGGGAGACACUUGAAGGCGACUGUCGCCCAGUUCACCCGACAGAAUGGAGCCAAUCGAUGUCGCAAUUGCUAAACAGCUUGCUCACUCUGGACCCGAACCAACGUACCACCACUCUCUGUCAAUUGAAGCAACUCCAAGUCAUGAAUAAUUUAGACUUUGAUAGAGUUUACCUCAAACAAGUAAAACCAAUAUUUACACCGUCCAAGAACCACCUGAACUGUGACCCGACCUUCGAGCUCGAGGAGAUGAUUAUUGAGGCUCGGCCGCUUCACAAAAAAAAGAAGCGGCUUGCCAAACAGAGGUCAUUACGCAGUCAAGAGCUCGCAGAUCAAGUAGAAUCCCCGGCUGUUCUCAGUGGACCAACUUCCAGCAUCCUAAGCCAGGACCCGACGGGUCUUGUUUUUAUUCCAGACUUCCCGGUGUACAAUAGAGAACGUGAAUUGGAGCAGCGGUUGAGGGAGGAGAAGGAAAAACAGGAUCCCGAUCGUGAUAAACAACGAUCUCACAGCAAUCAACACUUUAGAAAUAGCAGCCGGUUAAGUGUCUCCUCAUCGAACAUUCACUCACGUAUUGAACGUGCCUCGUUACGCUCGAAUAAAAGAUCCGGCAUCGCAACUUCUUUGGAUAUUGAUUUUAUCGAUGCUAGUCCUGAAACGUCUACCUCCUAA